AUGACGCCCCCGCCGCUCCUCUUCCACGCCCUCCUGCGGCCUGCGGUCCUGCAGAUCCUGCGCGCAACGGGCUACCACGCGGCGCGGCCCGUGGUCCUCGACGCCGUGACGGAGCUCGCGGCGCGGUACAUGUACGCGCUGUGUCAGGCGACGGCGCGGCACGCCGCUGACAACAACCCGGAGGGCGAGGCGCCCGGCAUCGUCGACGUGCGCAUGGCGCUGCAAGAGCUUGGUGCCGUGCCGCCGGACGACGUGCUCGCUGAGGGCAGGGGUACGAUCCUGGGCGAGAUCCUGGACUCUGUCGACGGAGGCGCCGAGGGAGGCGCAGGAGCAGCAGCAGGGGAAGAGCCCGACGCCGAGGGGGACCUUGCGAUGACGACAGCGCUGGCCGAGGUCGCGCGGGAGCGGGAGAGGGUUGAGGAUACGAGGGGCGUGGAGGAGUUUAUCAAGUGGUUCUCCGGGCCGCGGAACAAAACAAUUCGGGAGGCGGCGGUGGGUGACGGGGAGUUGGAGUUGGGCGAUUACUUGAACGUCCUUAAGAAGAAACACAGCAAGACGGGCGAAGACUCCAAGUACCACGGCACGAUCAUCGGCAAGGGCAACGACGUCGGCGAGGUCCAGGUCGAGGGCGGCGACCUGCCGAGCAUCCACACGUGGCGAACCAAGAUGCAAGGACCCCCGCCGGGCAGCGCGCCCUCGGCGACGUCGCCGCGGAUCAAGGAAGAAUCGAGGCCGCCGAGUUCCGGGCUGAGCUCCGUGGGCGACAGGCUGGGCGACGACCGGGACGGCAUGGACUUGUCGUAG